AUGCUGACUGUAUUGGUUGAGGGUAAAUCAUCCUCCAAAGGGAAACAACACGAGGUUGAAGAUUCUAUACUAUGUUAUGGUUCAAAUAGUGCUGAAAUAUGUGAAUGGUUUGCUGAUGAUACAACUGAGAAAUCUAGAGGCAUGACAAUAGAUUUAGAAGGUUUUUUUAAUAUCAGGCUAACGGUGAUGGCUUCAAAGAGGAUUCAGAAAGAAUUGAAGGACUUGCAGAAGGACCCACCUGUAUCCUGCAGUGCAGGGCCUGUUGGUGAGGACAUGUUCCAUUGGCAAGCUACCAUUAUGGGUCCUUCAGACAGCCCUUUUGCAGGGGGUGUGUUUCUCGUGACUAUUCACUUCCCACCGGAUUAUCCUUUCAAGCCACCCAAGGUCUCUUUUAAGACCAAAGUCUUUCAUCCAAACAUCAAUAGCAAUGGAAGCAUCUGUCUUGAUAUCCUUAAAGAGCAGUGGAGCCCUGCCCUUACGGUAUCGAAGGUGCUGCUCUCGAUUUGCUCCUUGCUGACUGAUCCAAAUCCCGACGAUCCUCUUGUGCCCGAGAUUGCUCACAUGUACAAGACUGAUAGAGCCAAGUAUGAGACUACUGCUCGAUCAUGGACUCAGAAAUAUGCCAUGGGAUGA